GUUGUUGGCAGCAGAGCUCAUGGCAUAUCCCCGCAACUCAAAAUAGUUUGAUGUAUAUUGAAGAGAAAGGAGGAAUUUCAUUAUGCUUUAAGAGACUCCACUAUUGAGGGCUCCCUGAGGUAAGCAGAAAUUGUCCACUGUCACUGUGUCCUGUUAGAGGAGAAGUUGGAAUCUCUGCAGUACCGUACCAUUCCAGGUUUGCUGUGCAGGAGUCCAAUACAUUGUGGAAAGCUGUAGACUAUAUCUGACAUCCCAAAGAAAGAUGGUAGAAACAGGUUUGUGUGUGUAGCCAGGAGAGGAAGGGGAUAAGCUGAACAAGAAUUAGACAAGGAGCACAAUGAUUUCAGAUCUGAUACUAGCCACUGAGAGGCUAAAAACUGAGAAGAAGUACCUCAAUAAAAUGGUUACCAAACUCGUUGAAGAAAACCAGAAGUUCUUGGGUGAAAACAGGCAUUUCCGAGAAAAGAUGGCAAGUUUUCAGAGCUCUCCAGUGCCUAGGAAAAGAGUGGUGGAAGAGAUUGAUGAGGUGAAGUCAACCUUUACCAAGGUCAAGGAGUUGCAAGAUUUAGAGUGGCAGAAGGUGGAAGAGAUUUCUGAAUUCCAUGAAUGUAAGAUUCAUAAGAAUGGAGAAUUUCUAAGUACAGAGAGGAUAAAUCACUUAAAGAUGUAUUUGCAGCAGUGGGAGAGGGAGAUGGAAGACAAGAAGGAGGACAUUAUAAAGGAAAAGCACCAAAUAUCUGAAACAAGAGGAACCGUGGCAGAACAGGGCAAAAUUAUAGAGAAUCUUCAGACACAAAUAAACCACCUGCGAGAGGAGCUCAAAAAUUCGGAACUAAUUGCAUGCCAGCCAAUGGAGCAGAAGGAGGUCCACUCGGAAUCACCGAUGCAUAAGGUGGCCAAAGCAAACUUGGAAACCUCCGGAGCUCAAUUUCAAACUUUUACAGUGCUUGAUCUUCCUCCUAGCAUUGUUUAUAUUUUAUACAUAUUUCUUUCAUACUACCUGGAUAUGCCAGUUACUGCCGUGUACCUGCCACAGGCACUAUACCAGUUGCCUUCGGCCGCACUGACCCUAGAAUAUUUGAAAGGGUCGGAACUGGAUUACUACAGUGCUGUUUUCCUUUGCUUGCUUUUGGAACAGAGCAAAAGAAAGAGUUAACUUACAAAAUAAACCUU